UAAUUCCCAGUAUUAUCUAAAACUUUCACGAUUCCUCCACAUCCUUCUCUCUUCCCCUUAUAAAUACACCCUUCUAUUGCACAACAUAAGCAACAAGACUAAUCCAUAAAAAAAAUAUCCUGUGAUCGAGCUUUCUUUCUGGAUUUGUUUUUAGUUUUAUAAUGGCUUGCAAAACCCUUACAUGUUCAGCAGCUUCUCCUUUAGUAUCAAAUGUUUUUAAUGUGAGUACAACGUCCUCUAGGAGUAACAACAGGAUAACUGCACCUUGCUCUGUUUUCUUUCCAUCUGCAUGCAACGUAAAGAAACCAGCGUCUAGGCUUGUAGCUCAGGCAACUGGAGAUAACAAAGAUACUUCAGUGGACGUGCAUGUCAGCAGCGGUCAAGGAGGAAACAACAACCAAGGCAGUACUUCUGUCGAACGCCGUCCUAGGAAGAUGGCUCUUGAUGUCUCCCCUUUCGGAUUGUUAGACCCAAUGUCUCCGAUGAGAACAAUGCAACAGAUGAUGGACACUAUGGACAGACUGUUUGAGGAUACCAUGACAUUCCCAGGAAGGAACAGGGCAACAACAGGGGAAAUACGUGCUCCUUGGGACAUCAAAGACGACGAAAAUGAAAUCAAGAUGCGUUUUGACAUGCCCGGGCUCUCUAAAGAAGAUGUGAAAGUAUCUGUGGAAGAUGAUGUGCUUGUCAUCAAAGGCGAACACAAAAAGGAAGAAAGUGGAGAUGAGAGCUCUUGGGGCAGGAAUUACAGCUCCUACGAUACUCGUUUAAGUCUUCCAGAUAAUGUUGAGAAAGAUAAAAUUAAAGCAGAACUGAAGAAUGGAGUCCUUGUCAUCUCGAUUCCCAAGACCAAAGUUGAGAAGAAGGUGAUUGACGUGCAAAUCAACUAAAAAGCUCGUGGUUUUUGGUUAUGAUUUACUCGUUCUUGCUUCUGUUGUAACUCUCUGUAAAUGAAUAUAAAUAGGAGCAUAGUUUGAGCUACGGUGUUCUCAAAAUCAUUUUAAGUCCAA